GGGCGCGUGGGGAAAGAUGUGGCGUCGGAAGUACGGCGACGAUGGCGAUGGCGAUGGCGAUGAGCUCUUGUUGUGACACGAAAGCAUGGGCGUCCGGAGUGAGUACAAAGAGAUGAAUGGGACGGACGGAGGGCUGAGGAGGCGGGUGAAGGCACGGCUUUGAACCUGGACUGGGAAGAAUACCUGGCUGUGGAUGGCUCAGAAUAAGGAUGACGGCGACGGCGCUGAGGAGGUAUGUCUUCCGCCGGGGUGUUCCAUCUGCAUCAGUACCUGCCUCACCCUAAUCUCAUCAUAAAUCACGUGGUCUUCAUCAGGGAAGAGAAAAGAAGGAGCAUUUUUAGUUUGUGUUGUGUGUGGUUGUCUGCGAUUUCAGAGAACGUCUCUCCGUGACUGUGCGAUGGUCUUCGAUAGGCAUUAUUACAGGUCGAUGUUGACUUCUUCAAAACCUUGGUUGAGAUUCACCUGAAGAAUGAAUCCGGUGGCAUGGAAUCGAUUCCUUUGUGAGCCAUGAACAUAUAUUGGCAAGGAGAAAAGCCCACGGAAUCGAUCCACAUGGAUGGGAAUGCUCGAUAGCAGCAAGUUGAACAUUUCACGAAUGGCUAAGCGGGAUCUGACUCUAUCUAGUUCUAUCCAUUUGCUCGUAUGACGAACAGCAUUGCAUUGAUUGCAGAGUAAUUCUAGCAAGAAACAAACAACUUGUUAUCAUGUAUGAUUGGUGCAGAUGGAGUGUGGAGAACUUGUCUGUUGCAACUCCUAAGUGGAUGAGGAGGAUGAAGACGCUUCAGGUUCAUGUUACCUCCUCGAGGUAGGAGAGACACCAGGCUGUUGCUGCAACAUCCCUAGCAGAGUGCCAUACACCCAAAGAUCUCCUUCUUCUUUUGGCACACAUCCUAUUCGGGGCAGUGUUUGGUGCGGGGUUGUUCCACACGAUUUUGUUUGAUUCCUUGGUUGCAUGGAAAUUGCCAGAACCAUGAAGUUGACUUGAAUUUUCUUCGUCCACGACACGCGCAAAUUAAUGUCAUGGAGGUCAAAGUCUCUACUCUUCUACCUCUCGACGUUAUCAUUCAUUCAGGCUCUUUCUUCGUUACUCACAAACAGAUCUCAUCUCAUUGGGAGACAGUGACGGAUGCAGCAUUGUCAAUAUCGUAGUCUACAAGUUUGAAGCUGCUGAUGGGUCAUCAAAUGCCUUUCUUAUGCCAAAGUCAUUCCGUUCAUGGCAGUAUUUUACAGCCAUCCAUAUUGACUGCAAACAGAAAAAGACUGUAAUUGUUCGAGUGUUUAUAAGGAUCGUCUUGGUUGGAGGAGGACAAAUCGAGUGAGAGGCAUAUCUUCUUCAGCCUCUGCUAGGAAUUCAACGAGAUGUCCCUCUGCACAUACUUGUUGAUCAAGUUCUUGAAGAAACGAAUAGCAAGAAGAAGAGCUGAAGAAGCAAGCAUCGAUGGUGUGCCAACACCACUAGAUCUUCCUUCACCUUCGGUUUCGCUUGAGAACGAGAUAGUGUAUGGAGAAGGACUAGUCUCCGCCUUAUAUGAUCUGAACACAAUUUUGGCAGCAACAGGGAUCUUCAGCAAUGAAAACAAACUUGGAGAAGGAGGGUACGGUCCAGUCUACAAGGGGAAGCUCCACGAUGGCCAAGAGAUAGCAGUGAAGAGGCUGUCCAAGAAGUCUGGGCAGGGCUCGAGGGAGUUCAAGAAUGAGGUGGAGUUGAUAUCAAAACUCCAACACAGGAACUUGGUGAGGCUUUUGGGAUGCUGCGUUCAUGGAGAUGAAAAGCUUCUCAUCUACGAGUUCAUGCCCAACAAGAGCUUGGAUGCCUUCCUCUUCGAUGCAUCCAAGAGCAGGCUUUUAGACUGGACCAAGCGUUUCAAUAUCAUCGAAGGGAUUGCCCGAGGAUUGCUCUACCUGCACCGAGAUUGUAGAUUGAAGAUUAUGCAUCGAGACCUGAAAGCAAGCAACGUUCUGCUGGACCAGAAUUUUAACCCCAAGAUAUCAGAUUUCGGCAUGGCACGCAUACUCCAUGAUGACCAGAUUCUAGCAAGAACUGAUAGAGUAGUUGGAACAAUUGGCUACAUGUCCCCGGAGUACGCAAUGGAAGGGCAAAUUUCCGAGAAAUCUGAUGUUUUCAGUUUUGGUGUCCUGCUUUUGGAGGUGGUCAGUGGCAAGAGGAACAACUACUUCCUUGAUGAAGAUCUAGCUCUGAACCUUCUAGGAUAUGCUUGGACAUUAUGGAAGGAGAACAGAGUGGUGGAGUUGAUAGAUCCAUCAUUAGGAGACUCAUGGAGCCAAGAGGAAGUGAUGAGAUGCAUCAAACUGGGACUUCUAUGUGUGCAAGAACUACCAGUAGAUAGGCCAACCAUGUCAGUCGUUGUCGCAGUGCUCAAUGGUGACAUUAAUCUUCCCGAGCCGAAGCAGGUUGCAUUCUUUGCAGGGAGAAGCCCCACGACGUCCAUUUCAUCCAUGGAUGACAGCAAGCGGAUAUCCUCUCAGGGUGAUCUUUCGAUCGUCCAGUUGUGAGCUGUUCUUGUGAUGCUGGGAAGAUGCAGCUGCUCAGUGUUGCAUUGUAAUCCAAUUAUAUCGCCGUUAAGAUGUUUGCUGUCACAUAGAAGUAGAGUUGUUGCCAUAUGAUGAAUGAAGUGGAGGGUGUAAAAUCCAAAAACAUGUUGAGCCUCAAGAUUAAUACAUGAGUUUUCGUGUUCUA